AUGACUAGACAGUGGAGCCUAGACCAGGAAAUCAGGCUCUUCAGCCUAGUAUGUGACUAUAAGCCUGCUGGAGAGAAAAAGACUGAAAAUAUGGCACAGAUUGUGGUUCAUAUUAACAAAGACACUGACGAACCUUUCACGGCAGACCAGAUAUGGGACAAGUUGGCCCAACAUUAUGACUUGAAGAAGGUUGAUGAGAUCGAGAACGAAGAAGACGGAGAAGAAGAUUCACGCUCAGAUCCCGAGAAGGAGCAACUACCGGACAUAAAAAGUGAAGUCACAGAAGAUGAGAAACAGGCAUCGAAUACAGUUUUGGAUGCUGAGGACAACGACAUCGCCAUUGACUCGUCAGAAUUGAGUGAUGUCGAAGGUGAGGAGGCCGAACUAGCGAAACUUGAAGACGAGCAGCUAUUGGCCGUGGGGGAUAAAAGAAGCCGACGCAAAUCCACACCAAAGGAUGACAAGGAAAAGGUUGAGAAGACUGAUAAGAGUGAAAAGGAAAGGAGCGACAAAGAGAAGGAAAAGAGCGAAAAGCCUGAAAAGGAAGAGGCGGGUCUGAGAAAGAGAACAAGGCAUGUGGCCAAACUUGACACAGCUGAGAGUGCUCCAAAAAGACGUCUGCUGAGAGCCAGUACUCCACCAGCCACGAAGAGGCGCACACGCUCUGAGUUGGUGCCAGAGGAAGAGAGCACUCCAGGGGAAGAAAACGAGAAUAUGGAAGAGGAGGAACCUGAGCCAGAACCAGAACCCAAAACGAGAAGAAGUACACGACAGGCUGUGAGAAGAAGUGUUCGAAAGAGAUGA